GUAUUUUAUAAUAAUUAAGAUAUAACAGUAAAGAUAGAACAAUUAUUUGCAUCCUAAAAAUACAUUUUUAUAUUUUUUAGUUGUUUUAAACAAGAAAUAUAAAAUCGGCAAAUGUAGUAGCUGUAGGCAUUACCAAAUAUGGAGUUCGCUCGUUUUCCCAACCGUCCUCCCUUCAAUCCUUAGUAGCUCUCAAUUUUAUUUUCUAUUAAUUAUUGUGUUAAUUUCAAAUGAUUUUAUCGCAUUUUCUAGUGUAAAUAUAAUAAUUUCUUCUUUUAAACAAAAAUGUCGUUUAGAGUGGUUCGUAGUUCUAAAUUCCGUCACGUUUACGGGCAGGCCCUGAAACGCGAACAGUGUUAUGAUAAUAUUCGAGUGUCGAAAAGUUCAUGGGACUCUACGUUUUGUGCCGUGAACCCCAAAUUUUUGGCAAUAAUCGUCGAGUCUGCCGGAGGAGGCGCCUUUAUAGUCCUGCCACACAAUAAGGUGGGCCGCAUCCCAGCAGACCACCCACUUGUGGGCGGGCACAAAGGUCCAGUGUUGGACAUCGCGUGGUGUCCGCACAAUGACAACGUCAUCGCCAGCGGUUCGGAAGACUGCGUCGUCAAGGUGUGGCAGAUCCCCGAUGGUGGACUAUCGAGGACUCUCACGGACCCCGUGGUGGACCUGGUGUACCACCAGCGCCGCGUGGGGCUCGUGCUAUGGCACCCCACCGCUCAAAACGUGCUGCUCACAGCGGGCUCGGAUAACCAGAUAGCGAUCUGGAACGUGGGAACCGGCGAGGUGCUGCUGUCGCUGGACUGCCACCCCGACCUCAUCUACUCGGCCUGCUGGAACUGGUCCGGCUCCAAGCUGCUCACCACCUGCCGCGACAAGAAGAUCAGAAUCAUCGACCCGCGCAAAGGCGAGGUGGAAUCAGAAGCCAUCGCGCACGAGGGCAGCAAGGCCUCAAGGGCUAUAUUCCUCAAGCACGGCCUCGUAUUCACCACUGGUUUCAGCCGAAUGUCCGAGCGUCAGUACACGCUGCGCACGCCAGACGCGUUAUCGGAACCGAUCGUGACGGUGGAGAUCGAUACAAGCAACGGAGUGAUGUUCCCGCUCUACGACCCCGAUACCAACCUCAUCUACCUCUGCGGCAAGGGCGACUCCGUCAUCCGCUACUUCGAGGUUACACCCGAGCCCCCAUUCGUCCACUACAUCAACACCUUCCAAACGCCAGACCCACAGCGAGGUAUCGGUAUGAUGCCGAAGAGAGGGUGCGACGUGGCCACGUGUGAAAUCGCCAAGUUCUAUAGGCUAAACAAUUCUGGACUCUGUCAGGUGGUGUCAAUGACGGUGCCUCGCAAGUCGGAGCUCUUCCAAGAGGACCUGUAUCCAGACACGCUGAGUGAUGAGGCCAGCCUCACGGCCGACGAGUGGCUCGCGGGGGAAGACGCCGAGCCCGCCACCAUGUCGCUGAAGGGCGGCUACGUGUCGGGCCGCGCCGCAACGCAACUGCACGUCACUAAGAAGAACGCGCUGGCUACCGGCAAGGAGAGGUCACCCACGCCGGCUUCCAAGCACGACCAGGCCGCUACGCCGCCGCCUGCCACACCAGUUACUCAGCAGAUUGAGAAGCAGCUGUCCGACCUGGUGGACGAGAUCCGCAAGCUGAAGUCAGUGAUCGUGAAGCAAGAGAACCGCAUCCGCGCGCUCGAGGCCGCCGCCAAGGCCCCGCCCUCGCCGCAACCCUCGCCGCAACCCACGCCCACGCCUGCGCCCACGCCAGACAACCACCAUGAUGACGCCAUGGCGCCCGACGAGGUCUGAGCGCAGGCGUAGGCGACCAACACCAUGCUUCUCGUCAACAGGAUCAUGCUCAGGUGAAUGUUACACAGCCAGGUAUAGGGAACGAUCUCCGAAAAAUUGUUCAGUGAAGAUUCAAUAGAAAAAUAUAAAUUACACCCCGGUAUUAUACUAAGUCGACGAUAAUGAAGUAUACUCUGCACAAUGUAACUUGAAUAGAAUUUACGUAACAUCAGAGAAAUGUCAGUUUUGAAUUUGAUACAGUAUACGGGACUGCAUGACAAUGUACUAAAUAUUUAAUUGGUAAAAAACUGACAUAUUGAAAAAUUAUCCGUUUUCGAUGUUACAUUCUAAACACAGUUAGAUUCACCAGAGUAUCAUAGCAUGUAUUUUUAUAAGAAUGCCUCUAGCUUCUCGUACGAAUAUUUUCGCCCUUGUCAUAAAGGUUUGACAGCUGCCAUUGGUGACCACAAAACAUGACAGAAUAUACCGAUAAAUGCCCAGAAAGUGGUAACUUGACAGCACUAUUAUAGUCAAUGACUGUCAAAAUUAUCGCCAAGCUAUGACGUCACUUUUUCGUCAUUGACCAUUUAUUGAUUUCAAAUCCACUUAAAACUUAUUUUAUUGAUAAUUUUAAAAUAUUUGGGUUUUUAGGCCUAGAAUUGUGUGUUUUAUAGAACUUUUACCAUGGAAUUAUUGAACUAACCGACUUACGUCAAAAUAGAUUUGAAACACUUAUUCUGAUUGAAAUAAAGGGCAAAGUCGUACGACAAGCUAGAGGUAAAGCCGGUUAAACACAGUUAUCUAAAUGGUCUCAAACUAAUGUUAAACGCCCUAGGAAUUGAAUUAAAAUGUUUGUACAGAAGUUUUUGUCUAUGUGCAUGAGAUCGGUCGAAUUACGAGAUAAAUUCUCGAUGCCUUUGUUUUUUGCUUUGAAACUUUUUUUGAAA